CACCACCACCGCCGCCGCCGCCACACUCUCUGCUAGGAAGCUCGGUGCCAAUCUCUGGGAAGUUCUGCCCCAAUUGAAGGCUGUCAAGAUGAGCAAAGGAGGUGCUAAACUCCCCAAUCGCCGCCACAACAAUCACAAGGACAGGGGUUUUGAACUUCCUACCCAAAUUGAUGAUCCUCCUGAUAGCCCCCUUGAGGAGCCAGCCAGUGGUAGUAAUUUGAGAAGAAAUAUUGCGGCGUCACUGAUUCAACACCAUCGAUCAGUUGAAAGAAAUGGUCAUGCCCUGCAGCCUGUUUCUCCUGCAAGUUAUGGUAGCUCGAUGGAGGUAGCACCUUAUAAUCCUGCAGCCACCCCAACUAGUUCUCUGGAUUUCAAGGGUCGGAACGGAGAGUCAAGCUUCAACCUUAAAACAUCAACAGAGCUACUCAAAGUACUCAAUCGAAUCUGGAGUCUCGAAGAACAGCACUCAUCCAAUAUGUCAUUAGUGAAUGCAUUGAAAAGGGAUUUGGAUCAUUGUCAAGCACGAAUCAAAGAGUUACUACGAGAGAAGCAAAUGAAUUGUCAAGAAAUGGAUGACUUGAUGAAGCAAGUUGCUGCGGACAAAAUUGCAAGGAAGAACAAAGAGCAAGAUCGAAUAAAAGCUGCAGUUCAGUCGGUGAGAGAGGAGCUAGAAGAUGAGAGGAAAUUAAGGAAGCACUCGGAGAGCCUUCACAGGAAGCUAGCUCGAGAACUUUCUGAUGUGAAAACUUCGUUCUCCAAUGCUUUAAAAGAACUUGAAAGUGUGAAAAAAGCGCGAAUUUUGCUUGAAGAUUUGUGUGAUGAGUUUGCUAAGGGGAUAAGAGAUUAUGAACAAGAGGUGUGGGCCCUAAAACACAAGCCUGAUAAGGAUCGUAUUCAUAGGGAAAGCCCCGAUCGGUUGAUUCUCCAUCUUUCCGAAGCGUGGCUUGAUGAGCGGAUGCAGAUGAAGCUCGUUCAACCUCAGUAUGAUCUUGGAGAAAAGAACACAAUCGUGGACAAGUUAAGCCUCGAAAUAGAAACCUUUCUACGAGCCAGACAUUCUGUCAGUUCUAUUAAUAGGAACAUGUCCUCUAAAAAGCCAAAGGAAAGCGGCUUACGUAGGCAUUCAUUGGAGUCCUUUCACUUGAAUGAGGCUGUGAGUGCUCCUCAUGAUGUCGGUGAUGAGGAGGAUUCUCAUUCUACUAGUAGCGAAUCGAAUUGCUUCGAAUUAAACAGGAAUUCGAGUGGAAAGCAAAACAACAACGGUAGCUCUAAACAACACGGGGAUGAUCAUCUUAAAGAAAAACCCAAAUCAAUUCCAACAAAGAAAAAGGUCCGGUCACGAGUCAGGGCUCAACCUGGCUUGCAAAUGCAGUUUGAACAACAUAUGGCCGGGGCUGGGUCGUGUAAUGGAAACAGGACAAAGGUUGUGGCAAAGGACGUGGGGGAAGAUAUUGAAGCAGAGGACCCAGUUGAAAUAAUUGAGACUGCAAAAGAAGGUUUGCGCGAAAAAAAGAAUAAACGUGUCGGGAACCCAAAUCAUAUGCUCAAUAACUUGAUUAGAAACCAUUCCUUGUCAUUGGAAGGAGGGAAAAUUCACUUGGAUAAUAAUUCCAUGGAAGAUUCUCGCGGUCAGUUAGCACUUCCAGGUCAUGCUAGUCCGGUACAACCAUGGAUCUCCAGAUUCACAGCCCCAGAUAUUGAAGCAUCUGAAACUUCUUCUAGAUGGUCUCAUCAGUUGAAAGAGAACACAUUGAAGGCAAAGCUACUCGAAGCAAGGUUAGAGGGCCAGCGUUUGCACUCAAAAGUGUCCAAGGGCUCUUCGUAGGCCAAUUGAACUGUUAUCUGGCUGCAGUAACAAGAUUUCUGACAAGGAAUCGCGGAUUUUGUGGGUAUUGGGCCUUUGGCCGGUAUCCUUCUGCCUCAAUUGGAUGUUGUAGUCUAGUAAUUUCAAAAUAGGUGCCAAUUUUUUUUUUUGUUGGUUUAGCGGGAGCCUCAUGUACGGUUUUUUUUUUUGUUGUUGGUAAUUUUCGAAUUGCAUCUGUAAAUGAGAAUGUAUUGUUAGCCACACAGUUACUGAGAUCAACUAGAAUUCAAGCACCUUCACUAGUUUGGUACCCUUGAUUAUCAGAGCUCUAUUGUGCAUUUUCAAAGUUCAGUGUCUAUGGAAUUUUCCAACACUAUUACCUUACUAUCA